UUUUUGUGACAUGACUGUGACACGCCAAUGUUAACCUCAAAAUUGUAUGUUAUUUCAAAAUGUUACGAGAUAUAUUAUUCAAAUUCAAGUAACAUACAUUCUGAUUUUGGAUCAUUAUCGGCAAAUUUUAAAAAUAUUUAAAUAAUUAUUAUAAUCUGUAGGUAUGUCAGUUCGAUUUCUUCAAUUAUUUGUUAGUUCAUUGAGACAAAAUCUACCCAGACCGUCAAAUAUAGUAAGAUCAGGUCGACAACUAAGAUUUACAUCAAUAAUGAGUGCGACGGAACAGUUAGAAACCAAAAAUGAUGAUUUAGUUCAAAAUAAAAAUCAUACACGGUACAAAAAACGUUUUCUAAAGCGUCAGUGGGAAUCUGGCGGUAAAAAAUCUGAAGAUGGUGAAAGUGAUGAGAAAAAAGUAUGUGACAAACCAUUUGAGAGGAUCAAGAGGAAAAAAAUGGCAAUGCUAUUAGGAUACUGUGGUGUUGAUUACUAUGGCAUGCAGAGAAAUCCUGGCGUCCCGACCAUUGAAGAGGAGCUUCUCAAGGCACUAUAUGAUGCAAAGUAUAUAACUGAAGAUGAUUUUAAAAAUCAACAAAAUGCGCACUUCCAAAGAAGUUCACGUACAGACAAGGGAGUGUCGGCUGCGAGGCAGGUUGUGUCACUAAAACUACCUCUAGAAGUAAAUAUAGACGAAAUAAACAGCAGGUUACCGCCAUGUAUAAAGGUAUUUACCAUCAAACGUGCCACAAACAAGUUCAACUCGAAAUCAAAAUGCAACGCCAGAACGUACAGCUACACUCUUCCCACAUAUGUGUUUGAACCGAGCUUGAGUACGGAGCAAGAGAGGAAGACUUACAGGAUAUCAGCUGAGAAAAUGACAAAAGUUAAUGAAGUACUCGCUUUUUAUAAAGGCACGAAGAGUUAUCACAACUUUACUGAAAAGAAACAUUAUCAAGAUCCAUCCUCCUUAAGGUAUAUGAUGAGCUUCAAACUGGAGAGAUUGUUUCAUGAGUGUGAAAUGGAGUUCGCUGAACUAUUGGUUAAGGGCCAAAGUUUCAUGCUGCACCAAAUAAGGAAAAUGGUCGGUCUCAUGAUAAUAGUUGUUCGGGGUCAGACUGACAUCGGGAUGUUGGAAAAGGCAUUUGGCAAGGAAAAGGUGAUAAUCCCGACCGCGCCCGGCCUGGGACUAGUCCUGGAUAAGGUACAUUACGAAAGAUAUGAUGCAAAAUUCAAGGACAGCCACGAAAGCUUAUCCUGGGAUGAAGAAGACGAAGCGGUGGAGAGAUUUAAGAGGGAGCAAAUAUUUCCAAACAUCGUCAAAGGUGAAAUCGAAGAGAAUUCAAUGGGACUAUGGCUCGAAAAGGUUAAAGGACAUUCUUUUGAACCUAGCGAUGAAGUAAUUGAAGAUAAGAAUGAAAUCACCGGCGCUGAUGAUGACGAUGAUGAUGAAAACGAAAUGGUCAUUGAUACGUCAAAAGUGGAAGCAAGUGAUACAGAAGCUACUAUUGAAGUCAAAGGUAUUGAAAAUAAUGAUGUAGUUGAAACAAAAGAUGUUGUCGAUGAAGGUGAUAAAACCAAUGUAAAAGACACUUGUGAAAUCAAAGGUGAUGAAAAUAACGAUGUAGUUGGAACAAAGGAUGUUGUCAAUAAUGGUAAUGAAAGCAAUGUAAAAGACACUUGUGAAAUCAAAGGUGAUGAAAUAAAAUCUACUAAUAGUGCUGUAUAAUAUAAAUGAUAUCGAUAUAAUGAUAUAAUAUACUAUAUAUUCUUUUUGACAGACGGACGGAUCUUAUAAGGGUUCCUUCCGUUUGCUUUUUGGAAGUCUCCAGAUGUAAGAAAACCCUGGAACUAUAAAAAAAAGAUAUUACUUAAGUAUUUAAUAUUGAGCAGUAAUAAAUAUGUCUAAGCUAUAAAUUAAAUCAUCCUUUAGAAAUUUCUAUUGUACGUAUGUUAAGUUAUUGUGAAGUGACUUAGUUAUAAUUUUUACAUAAACACAAAAUGUCGGAACAAUAAAAAGUGUAAACAUA